CAAACAGUGUUUUGAUGCUACACGUGAGGUUUAAAUUAAAUGAUCAGCUACGGCGGAGACCCGCAGAGGAGAACUUUUCCCUUUUGUGUUUAUGUUGGUUACGUUGCACAACUACAAAGCUGGGCAAGCUUACAAACAGGAAGAAAUCACUGCUGUCACAUCGACACCGACGACGGCUGGUGUUGCCCAGAGUGCGGCCCACGCAAGAGCCAGCGACCGCCACAUCAGGCACCAUGAUGGAGGGGGGCAUGCAGCUGCUCAAUCGCGAUGGCCACAGCAUCUCGCACAACUCAAAGCGCCACUACCACGACUCCUUCGUGUCCAUGAACAGGAUGCGACAGCGCGGCCUGCUGUGUGACAUUGUGCUCCAUGUCUCCAACAAAGAAAUCAAGGCGCACAAAGUGGUGCUGGCAUCUUGCAGCCCCUACUUCCACGCUAUGUUUACCAACGAGAUGUCGGAAAGUCGGCAGACCCAUGUGACCCUUCAUGACAUUGACCCUCAGGCUUUGGAGCAGCUAGUCCAGUAUGCCUACACAGCCGAGAUUGUGGUCGGGGAAGGAAAUGUGCAGACGUUGCUCCCGGCAGCGAGCCUGCUGCAGCUCAACGGGGUGCGGGACGCCUGCUGUAAGUUCCUCCUCAGCCAGCUUGACCCCUCCAACUGCCUGGGCAUCCGAGGCUUCGCUGACACACACUCCUGCAGUGACCUGCUCAAGUCGGCACACAAGUAUGUCCUGCAGCACUUUGUGGAGGUGUCCAAGACAGAAGAGUUCAUGCUGCUGCCGCUGAAACAGGUCCUUGACCUGAUCUCCAGUGACAAUCUGAACGUGCCAUCUGAAGAGGAAGUGUACCGGGCUGUGUUGAGCUGGGUCAAACAUGAUAUAGAUGGACGCAGGCAACAUGUACCUUGGCUGAUGAAGUGUGUACGGCUGCCACUGCUGAGGCGAGACUUUCUGAUGAGCAAUGUGGAUACGGAGCUGCUGGUGCGUCAUCACUCGGAGUGCAAGGACCUGCUGAUCGAGGCUCUGAAGUACCACCUGAUGCCUGAGCAGAGGGGAGUCCUCAGCAACAGCCGAACACGCCCACGACGCUGUGAGGGUGCCAGCCCUGUGCUCUUCGCCGUUGGUCAGUGUGCCCUUGAAGGUGGUGGCAGCCUGUUUGCCAUCCAUGGAGACUGUGAGGCGUACGACACCAGGACAGACCGCUGGCACAUGGUGGCAUCCAUGUCCACUCGGCGGGCACGGGUGGGCGUGGCAGCCAUUGGAAACAGACUCUAUGCUGUCGGCGGGUAUGAUGGCACCUCAGACCUCGCAACCGUGGAGUCCUACGACCCCAUCACUAACUCCUGGCAACCCGAGGUUUCCAUGGGAACACGGCGGAGCUGUUUGGGUGUCGCUGUCCUGCAUGGCCUGUUGUACGCUGCUGGAGGUUACGAUGGAGCUUCCUGUCUCAACAGUGCAGAGCGUUAUGACCCUUUGACCAGUACAUGGACCUCAAUUGCUGCCAUGAGCACCCGUAGAAGAUACGUCCGAGUAGCAACUCUGGAUGGCAGCUUGUAUGCAGUGGGAGGUUAUGACAGCUCCUCACAUCUCGCAACAGUGGAGAAAUAUGACCCCCAGAGCAACACGUGGACAGCCAUCGCCAACAUGCUCAGUCGGCGCAGCAGCGCCGGGGUGGCUGUGCUGGACGGCAUGCUGUACGUCGCAGGAGGCAAUGACGGCACCAGCUGCCUGAACUCAGUGGAGCGGUUCAACCCCAAGACUAACACCUGGGAGGGAGUGGCCCCCAUGAACAUACGCAGGAGCACCCAUGACCUGGUGUCUAUGGACGGCUGGUUAUACGCAGUGGGAGGCAAUGAUGGCAGUUCCAGUCUCAACUCCAUCGAAAAGUACAACCCGAGGAGCAACAAAUGGGUGGCGGCCUCUUGCAUGUUCACGCGGCGCAGCAGUGUGGGCGUGGCUGUGCUUGAGCUGCUGAACUUCCCACCGCCCUCCUCGCCCACCCUCUCAGUUUCCUCCACUAGCCUUUGACACGGGGUCACCGCUUGGCUGAGCUCAGCCUCUGCUGCUACAGCCCAGACUGGCUCUGGGAAGAGACGCAACUGCUCUGUUUGAGACGGGGAAGAGGAAGACGGCAGAAGAGGACAGGUAAAUGAAUGGAAGUGGGAGAAGAGAAAGAGGAAUGGUGGGAAUGAGACUCCUGGUUUGGUUAAUGUACAGUAUCCUCAAUAAUUAGUGGCACUCUUGGUAAAGAUUUGCCAGCCAUGGUUUAAAAAAAAUGUGCAACAUAAAUCAUGAAUUUUAAUUUAAAAUUUAGGUCAUAAUCUAAAACUAUUAGUUUUGGUUUUACAUAGUAAGUAACAAUUCAUUUUUAAUGGAUAGUUAAGGGAAACCAGAUGACUUUUGAUUUUGAUUUGAUUUUUUUUUAUUUAAUUUUUUAAAAUAUAAUUUAAUGGUCAACCCAACCUGGCUGCUUUUUACCAAUUUUGCCAAUAAUUCUGGACUGCACUAUCUGGAUGCCUGAAACUCCACUGUACAGAUACCAGCUCCCACUCUCUUCAAGAGAACAAUGAUGUUCCUGGGUAAAGAUGUUUGAACACUGACCGGCCUUUCCUCAAGCCCCCACUCUUUUUUUCCCCACCACUCCAGUGUUUGACACACUUAUCGUGAAAUGUGGUGGACACUUAACUCUGUCAUGUGUGAAGUAAAUGUUUUUGGUCUUCUGCAAGGUUUUUAUUUUGACGUCAGGAUUUGAUUUUUUUUUUUUUUUUUUUGCAAUAAUGUAUAAAAGAGAAACUGAAUGAAGUUACUUUUGGAAUGUAGCGUUUGACUGGUUAUACCAUGCAUGCUUUUGUACUUGCAAUGACUCCCAACAGGAGGAUAAAAUGUUGUAGUGCUGCUAUGCCACACUAGGUGGCAGUAACAAGCAAUGUUAUAAACCCUUUCCACACUGCAAGAGAGCAUGGACAUACAUAGGAAAGCAAGGCUAGGCCCUCAGAUCUGUAAAUGAUUUUGGAUCUUUUUUUUUUUUUUACAAAAGCAGAUAACUAAGUUGAACUAUAUGUAUUUAUAAAAAUGUAUAAAUUCUAAUAUAUUCUGUUUUAAAGAUGCUUAGAGAAGGAAACAGAUCAGACCUAUGCCUAUUUAAGAGUUUUCAAAAUAUAUUUAUUGAGGUGUGUGACAUGCAUAUCAUCAAUGGAGAAUGUCAAUGUGUGAGAGAGAGGACUGAUUGUUGAUAUCGUAUUUCGAUAUGCAGCCUUUCAUUUACAUUUCUUAAGGUUUCUUCACUGCCACAAACACGAUCUCACCUGACACUGUACCUUACGUCUGCUACAUUUGUGCAAAAGGCUUCAGUUGCUUGCAAACCUACUGACCAGUCAGUGAAAGGCCUUCAUAUUUUGUUUAAUCCCACUUCUCAAUUGUUUUUAAAAAGACAUGGAGGUGGAUAUAAUCCUUAGACAUGUGAAAGCUUAAAAUGGCAUUAAAGCCGCAAGUACUAUUCUACCUUCAGUAUACCAACACUUGACACUAAUAAGUAAUGUGGUUGACACUUGGUGCUGUCAUAUUUCCUUCUACACGAAAGUAUAGUGUCUUGUUAUAUUACCUCAUUAUUGAAAUGAAUCCAACUCUGGUGCAACAAAGUUUAACUAGGAGCAGCUGUACAGUUAACCACAAAUAUACUGGCUUUAGAACCUGUGGUGGGUGAUUUGGGAAAGUCACCACUGAACUUGCAUCAUUCAAAAUAAACGGAUCACUUUGAGUCUCGAGUCAGCUAACAGUCACUACCUGGGUUCAGUUCAGUUCAUGUGUAGCGCAGUGAAACCAUUCCAGACUUCUGAGAAGUUGCCUUUUUUUUUCUCCUUAUUUUGAAGGAUUUUGUUUAUCUGGUUCUGUUUAUCAAAAACUACCUUACUUUUCAUUUCUGAGUUAGCGGACACAGUAGAAUAGGGGCUGUGAUGGUCUUAUGGAGAUGCUGUUAAUCUGUAAAGCCGAUGCCAGUCAGGGACCGACUUAAAGAGAAAGGCGCACAUAACCACAUAAGACUUUGGCCUCCAUUCUGCUGAUCGAACUGUAAAUAGAAAGAUGAAGUUCUAAAGUAUCUUAAAUCCAUUUGUGCAAUUUCAAUGUGACUGUAACUUUUUUUUAGUUUGUGUUUAAUGUGGUGAUAACUGUUUAUUUAUGUCUGUUAUUUAUGAGAAACUUUAAAAUAUUGAAUUUUGCACUAUUGUGAAAUGGAGCAAUACAAGACAUUGUAAAAGAAAAAAACGAAAAAACAGAAAUAAAGUUGUUUUCAGAUG